GUUUGCAAUCGGUUAAUACAAUUCUUGAACUAGACUAGUGAAUACCGCCGCUCAGCUGAUAUUUAUAAAUAUACUCAUUACUUUAGAUCGUUCUGUGGGAUUCAGUUUGGAAUUAAUUAUAACAAUGGUUCGUGUACUAGGAAAAUCGAAUGCCGCUUUGACAGUUUGUUAUGAGAAAAUAAAGAGUGAUAAUAUUAUUGAUAGUGAGAAAGCUAGACGCGCUUCACAAGCGCUCAAUUUUCACGAUAAUUCAAUGUGUACAGAAGAUUUCCAACACGCAUCACCUCCACGAUGUCAGUCGGAGACGGAUAUGUCUUGUGAUUCCGAUGCAGAUAGUCUUUCAUCAUGCUACAGUACACAACCACACUCGCCCAUGAACGAACGGCAUGCUGAGGUUGUUCAAAGACGUAAAGAGAGAAGACGAGAAAGAAAUAAAUUAUCCGCUCAGGCUUAUAGACAGAGAAAGCGUGAAGAAAUCCAAAAUCAAGAUAAGAUUGUUGUUGAUUUAGAAGAACAUCAAAAACGUCUGCAAGACAGAGUUGCCGAAUUGGAACAAGAAAAAUUAUGUGUUGAGAACAUCAUUCGAAAUCGCGUCCAGUUUUUGCCCUGGUUCCACACAAAUGUGAAUAAUAACGGUGAAAACAAUAUAAAUGAUAAUAAAAAUCAGCACUUCUAUCAUGAUGCUGGCAAUAAAAAACACUGUGACGGCACCAAUGGCGACAUGACCAUGACCGUGCGCGAGACCUCUUGUCAAGGUCAAAACAUGAUGUCAUUACCACGUAAACACGCAGUGGCUUCAUGAACGCCUUCCUGUGGCAAAAGGUGUUUAAAGAUUCUCCUAUGAUGUAAAGAUCGAGAUGUAUACAGAUGGAUGCCCUUGUUAAUCAGUUGGCUGAGAUAUGAUAGAGAAACUAUCAAACUGUUAACGACCAAUUGUGAAAGAAUGUUCUUGAUAAGGCUACAUAUUAACUGAUUACAAGGGCAAGCACUAUUGUGAAAUAUCCACUUAGGCCUAUAUGUACUGAUAUCUUUGAUAUUAUUAUGACCACUUCUAGAUAGAAGAACUAUUAGUCUUAUAACAUCCUAACGAGACAGAUGUUUUCUCUCAAUAUCCACAAAUCUUACUUUCAACCAUUUAUUGACGUGUUAACAAAUCACACACAUUUAUUUUAUAAUUUUUAAUAUGAUUAAUGUUAGUGUUAUGUUCUAUUUAUUAAAUACAUGUUAAACUGAUUGUGUCGUGAACCAUAUUUCUUAUUUUAAGACUUAUUGGUGUUGUUAUUUGUGAAUAUUUUUAUGUUCAGAUUGAUAUUUGAUGUUGGUUUCUGAAAUAAAUUUGUAAUUUUACCAUA